AUGUUUGCGAGUCGGGUUUCUGUAACCAUACCAACAUCCAAUAUCGCGAGAACACAAGACGCAACUCUGACUUCACCCCCUGAUCCGGGAGAGACCGAGACCUGGGCCAGUGUAAGAGAAGCAGAGAAAUUACGAAGAAAAACAGUUUAUAGUACAUUACGAGGUUACAACGGAAGCGAGAACCCCAGAAUGGCCGGCCGCGGUGGUCAACAACAGUACCCUCUAAAAGCGCCAGGCGUCGACCCGGCCUGGUAUAUCCCAUGGGCCCAAAUUGCGCCAGGCCCCAAUUGGAACGUUGCAAAGCCCCGGACGUAUAAAAUUCCCUUCUGGGUAGACGCAACCAAGACAGUUCUGCCAUUGUGGAUGUUUGACUCCGACGGCGGCCUUCUCGAUAAUUUAGAGUGGGACGAUUGGGGUCAAGGGUUCACAGCGGAACCAUAUGAGGUUUCAUGGGCCGACGGACCAGGAGCUGGGGUGGAGGCGGAGGUCGAGGUGGAGGGCGAGGUGGUGGCGGUGGAUGGGGUGGUUUUGAUAGAGGAGGCGGUGGUAGAGGAGGUGGAGGAGAGUAUAGAGGUAGAGGCGGUGAUCGAGGUGGCGGUUACAGAGGCGGCGGCGGUGGAGAUCGAGGCAGAGCUGAAUACCGAGUUGGAGGUGAUCGGGGUGGCAGAGGCGGCGGUGACAGAGGCGGCGGAGAUAGAGGAGGUAGAGGAGGUGGUGACAGAGGCAGGGGAGGUGGUGACAGAGGCAGAGGGGGCGGUGACAGAGGCAGAGGAGGCGGCGAUAGAGGUGGUCGCGGAGGAGGAGACAGAGGAGACAGAGGCGGCAGAGGCGGCAGAGGCCGUGGUGCUCAGUAAAAAGAUAUUGGGCCAAUUGGUAGAGUUGUUUUGCAGCUUUACGAAGGGGGUUCCGACUACUGCUUGA